ACUAGCAACUCCAGUUUCCCCUUAAUGGCGGAUAGAAAGAAACUUUCAUAGAAGAAUGUCAAAAAGGGAAAACCACAAUGGAUUACCACAACAUAUUGUCUGCAUUAAUAUCUAAUGAAGAUGAUCAUGCUAAGAAUUUUCAUGAUAAAUUGGCGCAAAUAUUACAAAAAACAAUGCCAAUUUUAUCUGAAGACAUGAAGCAAUCUGUCAAAGAUCUCUCUAUUAGAGACCAAUACCUGCAAGCAAUAUCUCAUAUAUUACGUGGCAUUAAACAAGAAAAUGCAACUGUGGAUACUGAUGCACCGUUUAGUGUAAAACAAUAUCAAUCUAUAAAAAUUGCAAUAGAACUAAUAGUAUCAAUCGGAGUGAUUCCCUGUCUACUACCUGGUGUUGGCGUAGGUAUGGCCAGACUGUGCCCCAGAGCUUCAAAAAUUUCUGAAGAGGAACAUCCGGGAUACCGAGAAAAAUAUGAACGAUUAUGUUCCUCGACGCUUUUACUCUUGGAUUGUUUCGCUGAUCUUACCUUGCGACCAGCUGUACUUUCCCAAAUUGGAUCUCUGAUGGCCGCGUUGUUACAAUUGUCUCAUGCUCCACUGGCUAAGCCAUUAAGCGAUACUCAACGAUGCUCGGAUGUAACGGUCCAAAAUAAGCAGGAAUUUCGUAUGACAAUGGAAGAAUAUGACAGGCUACAGAAUCGGCAAAAAGAAUUUCAUAACAAAUUAACGUUACUGUUAGACGAAUGCCCGCAGUACGUAUGUUUCCGGGAAUUAAUGGUGAUUCUCGGAAUGCAAAGCACACCGCGAUGGCUACGCCGAGAGGCUCAAAACUAUUUAAUUAAAAUACUUACACAGUCGAAUGGAGUAUUAUCGUUGAUCGCCGCUGUUUGCCAAGAUGGUUUGGAUUUGGGUGCGGAUUGGGAAAAAUUGGACACGGUUUCCAAAUUGAUAGCAGUGUCGCAUGGAAAGAACGCUGACGAGUAUUACAAAGCUGUGUGCCGGCAGAUUUUGGAUCUGCUCUCUUCAAAUAAAAUUAAGCACAGCUCGACAAUAGCAAACUGCUGUAUUAAAGCGUUGUACGAUUACAAUCCAGAUACUUGUCAAAAGUAUAUUGUAGAGGUGAUUUGUGCACCUUUAAUAAUGAAAGAAACACACGCUACAAAAUCUGAGAAAGUAAUAGAACAGUGCAUAAACAAUUUGAUAAAUUGUUUUCUAACGGAGGACGCCAAAUUCAAGCAUCUGCCUUGCAAAGUGAUUUCGUGCGUCGCUGUACCUUUAUUCUGCUUAUAUGACAAAACUCGCGAGAGCGCUUGCAUAUUGAAAAGGAAUUUACAACGACUGCUAUUAAAAAUCCUUGAGGAGGAGUCUAUGCGAGAGAAGCUCUAUUCAGCUUUUCUAGGGCACGACGCGUCGACAGGACUUGGAGAUUAUGUGACGUCGCAAUUCGGGCCUACCGGUGGCGUCGAGAUCACUGGUCCGAAUAGAAGCCUGGAGUACGAGGAACUAUCCGGUACCGUUUUCGACUUGGUAUCCACCACUAAAGGCUUAUCUCCCAGCUUAUUCUGCUACAUGCUGAAGUACUUGUCAAACGCGAAUAAACUAAGCUACGAGGUCGAGCAGCGGCAAGUGCUGGAGACGGAAGACGAUAAGAUGAGACGCGUUGCGAUGCAAUUAACGGCCUACAAACUUGUGUCGCAGUUAGCCAGUACAAGUACCGUCCAAGAUGCACAAAUAAAAAAUCCCGAGCCACUGCUGUCGUUUAUAAAGUCGUUGUUCGAUGAAUACACAAAGAAUCAUCAAGGGACGCAAGAGAGCGAGUGUGAGAUAUUGUACAUCAGCUUGAUGCUGAUAAAAAUAAUCCUCACCGAAAGAAAAGCUACCGUCAGAAUUGAUCUCUUCAAAGAUUUCAGCGCCUUUUUAGAGGAUCGCCGCAGGAACUCGAACAUGCCGAUACAACUCAAAUCACUGAUCGACGAGGUGGUAGCCUGCAUCAUAACGCAUGAUCCAAGUGAAAAGCACCGUGUCAGAUCCGAAAAAAUAUACUACCAAGACAUGUCAAUAGAUCCGACGGCGUCAAGCAAGUUUGACGAAGCCAUAAAAGAUCUCGCGGAUCCGUUGCUCCCCGUCCGAGCGCACGGCAUCAUAACACUCGCGAAGCUAAUCGAAAAUAAGGAUCCUUGCACCGUCGCACGCAAAGCAAUCGUCCUCCGUCUUUUCCAGGAGAAUUUGAAACACGAGGAUUCGUUUAUAUACCUGACGUCCAUCAAUGGACUGUGUGCCUUGGCAACUGCAUACCCGAAGGAGAUCAUAGAAACGCUGAUGCCCGAAUACGUCGAUAUGCCGAAUCGCAUCACGGGCGCAGAAAUAACCGUCGAAACUAGGAUAAAGCUUGGGGAGAUAUUGGUCAAGACAACAAGGGCCCUGGGUGAAAUGAGCGUGGUUCAUAAGAACGCGCUCAUUAACGGCUUUUUGUGUUCGGCUCGCGACGCAGACCCUUUGAUACGAGCUUCCAGUCUGUCUUGCUUGGGGGAACUCUGCAAGGUGUUGGGCUUUCGAUUGGGAAACAUCCUUGUCGAGGUCCUCUACUGCAUCGCGUGCGUAGUAAAAUCGGACAAAGCGCCCGAAUGCCGGCGCGCUGCCGUGAUGGUCGCUACGCUUCUGUUUCGCGGUCUCGGCCGCGACACGUUGAGCAACCUCAGUAACGACCUGGUCGACUUGUAUCGUGGCCUGAAGCACUUACGCGACAACGACGAUGAUCCCGUGCUAAGGCUUCACGCCCAGCUGGCUCUGGAGGAGAUCGAUCACAUCAUGCAAGAAUUCCUAUUUGCACCACCCAAACUUGAGAAAAAAAUAUCCGUGUUGGAUCUGUCGUUUGUCUGACACGAUAAAACUAGCUUUUAACUACUCUAUUAUUAUCAUAUAAAUUUGUAUGUUGAAUAUUGUAUAUAGAACACUUCCAAUUAAAACCGUAAAAACC